AUGACUCAAAAGACACAGUAUAUAAUCAUUUUGUUGACUCUGAUAGUUUCAGCUUUCUCCGAAAGCUCGGGUCAAAAUGCUGACGGGGCUCUCCCUUCUGAUUCUACCGAAAUAUUCAAAACCCAACCAUUCCCUGACUGGCUCCAUGCCUUCACUGGGCUUAAUGCUUGGCCUGAUGAAAACCCACCAUAUAUUCCCCUGGAGUUUAUCGAUUUUGAAAACAUUGUCAGUGACCCUAGAAGAGAAUUUGGAACCUGUCCCCCAGAUAGAAGUACCUGUUCCUUCGACUGUUACAAAUGCAUCAGUUUUGAUGAUGCCUAUACUUGCCCCAAACUUUCGCAGACAUUCGACGAUGGCCCAUCUCCUUCUACCCCUAAAUUGCUGGCAGCAUUAACGCACAACACCACAUUCUUCACCGUUGGGCUGAAUGUAGUUAAGUACCCAGAAGUGUAUCAGCAGAUACAGCAGAAGGGUCAUCUCUUAGGAUUGCACACCUGGAGUCAUAAGUUUCUUCCCUCGUUAUCGAACGAGGAAAUCAUUGCUCAAUUUCAGUGGUCAAUUUGGGCAAUGAAUGCAACUGGUCACCACCUGCCCAAGUGGUACAGACCACCAUAUGGUGGAAUUGACAAUCGAGUUAGGUCGAUUGCACGUCAAUUCGGAAUGCAAGCUGUGCUUUGGGAUUAUGACUCCUUCGAUUGGAAAUUGGAGUCAGUCCCUCCUCAGCGAACUGAAAGCGAAAUCUAUAGUGACGUUCAAAGAUGGAGACACAAAACAUGGAGUCCAGCGGGUUUGAUUCUCGAACACGACGGUAUGCCCAAAACAGUCGAUGCUGGCAUUGAAAUCAGUAAGAUUAUCGGUCCUGAUCAGCUUACCGUGGCAGAGUGUGUCGGAGGCAUUGAUUACAUUCGAACUUUUUAG